GUGUCGAGAGAAGACAGACGGAAAUGGGAGACAGACUUGAGACCGUCUCCAACCUGAUCACAGAGACGAACAGACAGCUGGACGUCAAGCACGCUCAGGUGUGUGAGGUCGUUGAACAAUUUGAGCGGAGACUUCUGCAAGUCGACCAAAACGUGGACAACCUCUCUCGUGUUUGCAAGGAGGUUCGCCAAGGAAAUGUAAAAACUAGCCACGGUGAAAACAAUAAUGGGAAUGUUGAUGCGGAACGAAAUAUGUUUUUAAAAAUGGUUGAGUUGGAGAGUUUGGUUUUGCAGGAGAAAGCUGCGCUAUCGGGGAUGAAAGAGAGUUUAGAACUGCUGGAGACAGAUGUUAAAGAGAAUUCUAGUCUACUCUCUGAUCUGCUUGCUAAGCAGCUUGGAAAAGACAAUGUGGCUGGUCAGUUGGAGAAAUGUUACGGGGAGGUGCGGGGUUUGUUUACAAGGUGUGAUGAGAUCGCCUCGAGUUUGAGAGAAAUGGACAGCUCCGUGCAGGAGAAGUGUGGGCGUGUCCCGAGUGUGGAGGUGUGUCGGAGAAUGGAGACGUUGGUGACGGAACUUCCGGUGCUGGUGGAGAAAUGUCAAGGUGACUGCGGCAACGUGUGGAGGACGCUGUGUCAGGUGGAGGAGAACUCCACCAAGCUGGUGGAUCAUCUGACGCAACAGUACAAGGAGCUGGAGCUGAAGAUGAACGACAUAUCCAAUAAACUACAAACAAUAGAGCAGUCCCAUAACACCAAGAGAGUCGCCUUCACUGGCUACUUAUCAGAAGGAAACAAAUACAAACUUGGCUCAACUUUCGACAACUACGCACCGGUAUGGUGCGAACAUUUUAACUCCAAAACUGGCGAGUUCACCGCCCCAGCAGACGGUCUUUACCUGACCAGUGUCACGUUUGGUGAAAGUGAGGCGGGCAGGUUGGAGGUUGGCAUUUACAAGAAGACGGUCAAUGACGUCACGGAGAGGAAAGUACACUUUGUUGAGGCCAGCAUGGCUUGGACGAGUGCGUGCACCGUGUGCGCGGUAGAGAUGAGUGCAGGGGACAAACUGUACCUCAAGUUUGAGAAAUCGGGAAAGACCGUUCAGUUUAGUGGGAAUUCUAAUUUCACUUGUAUAAAACUGUAGAUGCUAAGUAUGUUUCUAGCAGGAUAUUUUUGUGUAAGCCUACAUGUCAAGUACAUUUCUAGCAGGAUAUUUUGGUUUAUUUUUUUAUUUUUUAAACAUC